AUCAUUCCACCAAUGGCUGAGUCCCAUCCGCAUGGCUUACAGAUCUACUGUGGGAAGUCUAACGUUGCUGAAUGCCUCCCUACUAUCUCAGCAUCCUUCCCAGGGAAAAAAGCAGAAGCCAAACAAGAAAAAGUUUCCUCCGACGGGAAAGAGGAGUCGCCAUGGAUGAAAAGGAGCAAGUUAGUGCGGAUAAACCGUCGAAAACUUAAAGAAUGAUAACAUAACUCAGGGUUUGUGUAGUUAUUUAUCUGAAAAAGUCCCCAAAGUGAGGGGAAAGUUUGCAGAUAUGGCGCGGGACAGCGAGGAGGACCCCAAAGCUGCAAAAAGGCAAAGAAAGAGGAAACAAAAGGAGAAUAAAACCAGGACUGUGCACGCUAAUAUACUGUACGACCACGCCAAAGGGGAGGAAAACCCCAACAGACACUAUUCAAAUAACAAGAUAAAGACCACCAAGUACACCGUGCUGUCCUUCCUGCCCAAAAACCUCUUCGAGCAGUUCCACAGGUUCGCUAAUGUUUACUUUGUCUUCAUCGCUCUGCUCAACUUCGUCCCGGUGGUGAACGCGUUUCAGCCCGAGCUGGCUCUGGCCCCGGUGGUCUUCAUCCUGUCGGUCACCGCCAUCAAGGACCUGUGGGAGGACUACCGGAGACACCGGUCCGACACCGAGAUCAACCACAUGGACUGCCUGGUGUACUGCAGAGUGGAGAGGCGUUACGUGGAGAGGUUCUGGAAGGAGGUGAGGGUGGGAGACUUCAUCCGGCUGCGCUGUAACGAGAUCCUCCCCGCCGAUGUCCUACUGCUCAGCUCCAGCGACCCGGACCGCCUCUGUCACAUCGAGACGGCCACGCUGGACGGAGAGACCAACCUGAAGCAGAGGCAGGUGGUGCGCAGCUUCCUGGACCUGGAUUGUGAUUUCGACCCCCUGAAGUACAACGGCAUCAUUGAAUGUGAAAAACCAAACAACGACCUGAACAGAUUCAGAGGCUACAUAGUCCAUCGCAGUGGCCGGAGAGAUGCACUUUACAAAGAGAACCUGCUGCUGAGAGGCUGCACCAUCAGAAACACAGAGGAGGCCGUGGGGAUCAUUAUUUACGCAGGUCACGAAACCAAAGCCAUGCUUAACAACAACGGGCCGCGAUACAAACGCAGCAAACUGGAGCGUCAGAUGAACGUGCACGUGUUCUGGUGCGUCAUCAUCCUGCUGGUCAUGUGCCUGUUCACUGCGAUCGGUCACGGGCUUUGGAUGUUUCAGUACGGAGAUAAGAGGCCGGUGUUUGACGUGCUCAGCCCAGAGGGGACGGAUUUAUCACCCGUCAUGACGGCCGUUUAUCUCUUCCUCACCAUGAUCAUCGUCUUCCAGGUGCUGAUCCCCAUCUCUCUGUUCGUGUCGAUUGAGAUCGUGAAGAUCUGCCAGGUGUUCUUCAUCCAUCAGGACCUGGACCUGUACGACGAGGAGACAGACUCCCAUCUGCAGUGCCGAGCGCUGAACAUCACCGAAGACCUCGGACAGAUGCAGUACAUCUUCUCCGACAAGACCGGCACGCUGACGGAGAACAAGAUGGUGUUCAGGCGCUGCACCGUCGCUGGGGUGGAGUACUCCCAUGAUGCAAAUGCCAAAAGACUUGCCAUGUACCAGGAGAUGGACUCUGAGGAAGAGGAGUGCCCGUCUCGCGGCGGGACCCUCCCCCGGCGGGACAGUGUGGGCAGCCAUCAGAGCGCCAAGGUGGUCCUGCGCUCACAAAGCACCAAAUCCCACCGCAGGACCGGCAGCCGGGCCGAGGCCAAGAGGGCGAGCAUCCUGUCCAAACACACCGCCUUCAGCAGCCCCAUGGAGAAGGACAUCACACCGGACCCUCAGCUGCUGGACAAAGUGAACGAGUGCGGCAGUCAGAUGGACUUCAUGCGGUUCCACAAACAGCCGAUGUCACAGCUGCCCUCCGACCUCGCAGACGUCCUCGACUUCUUCAUCGCUCUCACCAUCUGCAACACGGUGGUGGUGUCCUCCCCCAAUCAGCCCCGGCAGAAGGUGCGGAUGAGGUUCGAGCUGAAGUCUCCGGUGAAGACCAUCGAGGAUUUCAUAAAGCGCUUCACCCCGAGCCGCCUGACCUCGGGCUCCAACAGCAGCAGCUCCUCCAGCCUGGUCACCAACCGCUCCUCCACCCGCGGCUGCUCCAGCCUUUUGUCCUCUCCGUCCGCCGAGAGCACCCUCACCAAACUGGACGAGGAGCAGAGCAUGCAGCACGCCUUCAGCCCCGUGCCGCCGCAGUACGAUGGGAAGGCGUGUAGCGCGGCGGAGGGCGAGCUGCGGUACGAGGCGGAGUCUCCGGACGAGGCGGCGCUGGUUUACGCCGCCCGCGCCUACAAGUGCUCCCUGGUGGGGCGCCUCCCCGACCGGGUGACCGUGGAGCUGCCUCACCUGGGGAAACUGAGCUUCGAGCUGCUGCACACGCUGGGCUUCGACUCCAACAGGAAGCGCAUGUCGGUGGUGGUCCGACACCCGCUGACGGAUCAGAUCACCGUCUAUACGAAAGGAGCAGACUCCGCCAUCAUGGACCUCAUCAGACCCCCCGACACAGCGAACUCCAAAGGGAAACGGCAGAAAAAGAUUUUCAGCCGAACCCAGUACUUCCUGAACCUGUACGCUGCCGACGGCCUGAGGACGCUGUGCAUCGCUAAGAAGGUCAUGAGUAAGGAGCAGUAUGCGUGCUGGCUGCAGCGCCACCUGGAGGCGGAGACAGCGAUCCAGGGUCGAGAGGAGCUGCUGUUUGAGUCGGCGCUGCGUCUGGAGACCAACCUGCAGCUGCUGGGAGCGACGGGCAUCGAGGACCGGCUGCAGGACGGCGUCGCUGAAACCAUCGCGUCGCUGCGGCAGGCGGGUCUUCAGAUCUGGGUUCUGACAGGAGACAAACAAGAAACUGCCGUAAACAUCGCCUACGCCUGCAAACUGCUCGACCCCGAGGAGGAGAUCCUGACGCUCAACGCCGACUCUCAGGAGGCGUGUGCUCUGCUGCUGGACGAGAGUCUUCACUACAUCCAGGCCAAAUUCCUCUGCAGCUCCUCGGAUCACACCACCACCAAAUCUUUCCACAGCAACGUCUCCCCCUUUGGGAUCUUCACCCCCCCUCCUCCGUCCUGCCCACCCGCCCCCCCCACGGUGCACCAGAUCGGCCUGGUGAUCGACGGCCGCACGCUGGCCUACGCUCUGGAUCAGAGUCUGGAGGAGAAGUUCCUGGCCGUGGCUCAGAGCUGCCGCGCGGUGCUCUGCUGCCGCUCCACGCCGCUGCAGAAGAGCAUGGUGGUCAAACUGGUGCGCAACAAACUGAAGGUCAUGACCCUCGCCAUCGGUGACGGGGCGAACGACGUCAGCAUGAUCCAGGUGGCGGAUGUGGGCGUCGGCAUCUCGGGACAGGAGGGCAUGCAGGCGGUGAUGGCGAGUGACUUUGCUCUUCCUCGGUUCCGGUACCUGCAGAAGCUGCUGCUGGUUCACGGACACUGGUGCUACUCCCGCCUCGCCAACAUGAUUCUCUACUUCUUCUACAAGAACGCUAUGUUCGUGGCGCUGAUCUUCUGGUAUCAGUUCUACUGCGGGUUCUCCGGGUCGGCCAUGGUCGAUCAGUGGUACCUGAUCUUCUUCAACCUCAUGUUCUCCGCCUUCCCUCAGCUCAUCACCGGCACGCUGGACAAAGACGUGUCUGCAGAGACUCUGCAACAACUACCUCAGCUAUACGUCAACGGGCAAAACUCUGAGGAAUACAAGCCAUAUAUGUUCUGGAUGAAUAUGAUCGAUGCCUUCUAUCAGAGUCUGGUCUGCUUCUUCAUCCCCUACUUUGCCUACGCUGACUCUGAUGUGGAUUUGUUUACGUGGGGAACUCCCAUCACCUCCCUGGCUUUAUUCACCAUACUGGUGCACCUGGGCAUAGAGACCAAAACCUGGACGUGGAUGAACUGGCUGUGCAUCUGCUUCAGCAUCUCGUUGUUCUUCACCGUGGCGCUGUGCUACAACGCCUCCUGCCCCACCUGCUACUCCCCCUCCAACCCGUACUGGAGCAUGCAGCGCCUCCUGCAGGACCCCCUGUUCUACCUGCUGUGUGUGAUCACACCUGCAGCCGCUCUACUGCCCAGAUAUUUCUACAGGGCGUGUCAGGGCACGCUGUUCCCCAGCCCGGUGCAGGUCGGCAGGCAGUUGGAUACACUCCCCUACGAAACCCGGAGAAACAUCCUGAGCCUCAGCGGGGUCAAGGCGGGGUCGCCGCUCGGCCCUAAGCCUCACUUCCUGUCACUCGGCAAGACUUCCUUUAGCAAUAAAAAGCAGCAGCACACAGACAGUGAGAAGGAGCUCCCCUCUGCAGAUAAAGACACUCUGCCUUAUACCAAAGACGCUGCUCCUCCUGCUUCCAAAGACUGCCUGGAUCAGACUUUAGAUGCUUCCUCCUGGAUCACCUCCACGCCGCUGCUCUCCCCGUCAGACGGCAUUCAGUUUCCCCCCGACGGAGACUCGUUCUCCGUCAAAUACUCGAGAAACUCGGAGGAGAGACUGAAGUCCGAUCAAACCUCCUGAUGUCUUAAAGAUGAUGCUCAGACUCCAAUUUGCACGCUAGUUUUUAUAUAAAAAUCUAAUUUUAUUGAGAUUCUUUUAUAAGAGAGACACAUAGGUACUUUAUAUUUUGGAAGUUUUUUAUAAUGGAAGAACUGGAAUACUUCCUGUUGGUAAAUUUGUAUGCAUCUCAGUAGUUGUUUUAUUCCACAGCUGCCUUUUUUAAGGAGUUUAUUUUCCUUUAAUCAGUGUUUUUAUACUCCUGAGAAGAGCGACUUUAUGUUUUUCUACAUAAACAUUUCGCAGUACAGAUUCUCAAAGAGUUUUAUCUUUACAUAAAUCAGCAGAUCGGUGUCGUGGCUCCGUGCGCGUUGCAGUCUUUUUGCUGGAUUUGCGAACAUUUGUUUGCUAAUUGUUUUAAGACUGUUUAUCGAAUUUACAGCUGAUCUGUCCUGCAGUACAUUCCACUGAAGAAUUAUGAGAACUUUAUUCAUCAUGCAUUAUAAGUACACCAAAAAAGCUAUUAUACAGCAACAAUCUACCAGUAAUUAUGCUCAUUCUGACUCAUUAAACCUGUUAUAGCAGUGGCACAUUAAAGGAAUAGUUUGACAUUUUAGUAAAUACAUAUAUUUACUUUUUUUUACAGUUGAGCUGCAACAAUUAGUCGAUUUUAAAUAUCUCUACAUUUACAUCUCCUUGGACUUUGAGAAACUGGGAUGGACAUUUUUCAAUAUUUUCUCAAAUUUUACCAUUAAUCUAGAGUCAUUGGAGGAUUAAAGAACAUUCAAGCUGUUUGUCGCAGCCCUAAGAAAGAGUUACAUGGGAGAAUUUACGUAUUUGUUAUCGUGUAUUUUUAUAUAGACUGAAUGCAUCCGGCCCCGAAAUACUCCAGCAUACCCCCCCCCCCCCCCCCCCCCCCAAAAUGUAUUUUAAAUAAGAGUUUUAAAAGAAGAGUAAACUAACAAUAAAACAAGUUGAUUAUGAAGGUCUUGAUGUAAUGGCACUCAGAUUGUUAACAACCUUUUACAGAGCCAUGCUAGCAGUUUCCAGUCUCUAAGCUAAGCUAACCGUCUCCUAGCUGUAGAUUUAUUUUAUCUGGCCCACCAUAAAAAAUAUGUAUGUCGGUUUUUAUUCAAACCAAAGAUAAGACAUUGAUUUUAUGUAACACUACUCCGAUAAUUUAUUACCAAUGGAGAGAGCCAGGCCAGCAGUUUCCCUUCAUUUCUAGUCUCUAUGCUAAGCUAGGCUAACCGUUUUACAGGGCAAUUUACAGUCUCUAUGCUAAGCUAACCUUCCCCCUAGCUGUAGCUCCAUAUUUAGCACACAUAGGUGUCAAUCUUCUCAUCUAACUUUCAGUAAUAUAACAUGAUGUCAAACUAUCCCUUUAAGCACUGUAAUCAUGUUUCAUAAAUGUGAUUUUACUUUACUGUCAUUUUCAAACCGUUUAGUUUAUUUAAGUUGAAUCUGUUUCUCAGCUGGAAACCAAAAACCUCUGUGAUGUAACACGGUCUUUCCCACAUGUAAAAAGAUGUGGCUUUAAGAUACAAAAUGUGCACUUUGAAAGGCUUACUUUAGAGUUUUGCUGCUGCAGGUUGCAUGCUCCGUUCUGUUGGUUCGUUUUAUUUCUUUCACUCUUCUGGGAGUUAUGAUGCACAAACCUAAAAAAUGUAAGUUUGUUUAAUAGCAUUCAAAGCAGCAGCACCUUUAAUAUGUUAUGAUUGUUUAAAUGACAUUGCAGUAACCAAAGAUCAUUUAUAUUCCUGUAUUAACAGAGCAAUAGUUUGUGCCUUAACACUGGAAAAGAGAUUACAGGUCUGAGCGUUUGAAGCUGUGUGCAGAGGUGACGACGGAGCGUGUUGUGUAGGUGCAGAGGAUUUUUAUGAUGAACACACGAUGUGGUUCCUCCCAUCGUCUGUUCUCUGGCAUGUUGUUAAUUCUGCCCGCCGAUCUGUUUUAAAGCUUCGGUCUGUUCUGGUUUUGUUUUGUUGGCGUCGCACUUCAUGUGACAGGAUGGAGCUCGAGGGCUAUCUCUGCUGAAUAUUAAACACUUUCACAAAAAGUUCCACAUUAUCAUAUCUGAGCUCCAUUUGUUGGGUUUCAUUUGCAUUCCUAAUUGAGUUUAAAGAGGCCCUGUUAUUCUUAUGUUCAGGUUGUUAUACAUUGUUGGCUCUACUGUCUCCAUGGUUUAAACACCUUUUCUUGUUUUUCCAAAUAGUUUAUUUGACGUUGAAUACAGUUUUUAUUUGACCAGUUCUUUGUCCUUCGAAUUAUUGGAGAUUACUUUUACUCGUGAACAAAAUAAAGUAUUCAUCCAUUGCUGCCUGUUCAGGAAAA